AAUAAAUUGCCCACAGUUUUGGAAAGCCAAACAAUAGAUUUACAUGAAUUUGUGUAAAGUUGACUAUGGUGGAGUCCCAGCAAAGUCAACUAUGAUUUGCUGAGAAUUUUCCACUUUCGCCACAGAACGAUUCCUGUAGCAAAUCAGAAAUCUGGGCCGUUCUCUCUUCUUAAACGUGUUUCCAAGAAAUAAAAAACAAAUCUUUGAAUAUCAAAAUUUCUUACUCAUUUGGGGGUGUUCUUUUGACGGGUUGUUCAAUACUUUGUGAUUUUUCGAACCCAGGUAGGUGGUCAGGCUUGGAUUUUUUCCCCAAUAAUCAUCAAUUCGACCCGAUUGUAAGCUUCAGGCCCGUGAAAUUAAUCGACGUGCACUUAGGCCGCCCGACACCACGAUCAUCAAAAAAAAAAAAAUACUUUGUGAUUUUUCUCGGAUUUAUAAGAUGAGUCAACUUUGCAAGUCGUUGAUUUUAAGGUUCUUAAUUCUCAACCUCUCACUCGUUUGAUCUUUUGUUAGUAAUUUCAGAAUCCCAUUUCUUUUCUUGGAAUCAAAGCGGGUUGUACAACGGUACUGUAGAGAUCGUAGAUAUGGCGAUUCCGUCCAGAAAACCCAGAAUCAAAGAUGUUGCUUUUCGUCGUUUAUUAUCAGUAGUUUUGAUUACUCUAUCUGGGGUUUUGUUAUUGGUGAUGGUAUUGAGGACAAAUUCAGUUUCAGAUUUAAGUUUCACUUAUUCAGACGAUACUGAUGCAAGUUUUGGAGCGACUCGUCGAUCUACUAAGGUUGUUGGGGAGAAUUUGAAGCUUCUUAAACAGAAUGAGCUUUCAAUUUCAUUGGAAAAGCGUAAUCAAAUGCCCCCGAGGAAUUUGGAUCUAUAUCCCACUUUAGCCAAGGAUCAUAUAGUCAUUGUUUUGUAUGUUCAUAACCGCCCUCAAUAUCUACAAGCAGUUGUGAAUAGCCUAUCCCGGGUUACGGGAAUUAGUGAAACUCUAUUGAUUAUUAGUCAUGAUGGUUACUUUGAGGAGAUGAAUAAGAUUGUAGAUGGUAUUAAGUUUUGUCGAGUAAAACAAAUUUUUGCUCCCUUUUCUCCUCAUGUGUUUCCUGAUAGUUUUCCGGGCAUUUCACCAAUGGAUUGUAGAGAUAAGCAGAAUUCCAUUAAGGAUAAGUGUAAGGGAAAUCCUGAUCAGUAUGGGAACCACCGGUCACCAAAGAUUGUAUCCUUGAAGCAUCAUUGGUGGUGGAUGAUGAAUACGGUAUGGGAUGGGUUAAAGGAGACAACCCUGCACUCGGGUCAUAUUCUUUUCAUAGAAGAGGACCAUUUCAUUUAUCCUAAUGCGUACCGUAAUUUGCAGUUAUUAACGAAACUGAAGCCCGAAAAGUGUCCCAGUUGUUAUGCUGCAAAUCUGGCACCAUCUGAUGUUAAGUCGAGGGGUGAGGGUUGGGAUAGCUUGAUAGCUGAGAGGAUGGGAAAUGUGGGUUACUCAUUUAACCAAACUGUAUGGAGAAUGAUACAUAGAAAGGCAAGAGAAUUUUGUUCUUUUGAUGAUUACAAUUGGGAUAUAACUAUGUGGGUCGAGGUUUAUCCUUCGUUUGGGGGACCGGUUUACACGUUACGGGGGCCUAGAACUAGUGCUGUUCACUUUGGAAAAUGCGGUUUGCAUCAGGGUCAGGAUGAGAAAUCAUCUUGUAUUGAUAAUGGUGCCGUGAAUAUUGCAUUAGAAGACAUUGAUAGAGUUCCCAAUAUUCAAUCAAGCUGGGGAGUACAUGUAUAUAAGAACCAAGAUGGUUAUAAAGCUGGCUUUAGGGGUUGGGGGGGCUGGGGAGAUACAAGGGAUCAUCAACUGUGUUUGGAAUUUGCAAAGAUGUAUGGCAUUUGGGAUGCUGGCAAGAAGUGAUAGACCGUCCCUUAUGUGUAAAAUUAACUAAGAUGCGACUCUGAAAGGAAAAUCUCUCGUUUGAAGAGCAAUGGCAUGGUUUACGUUACUAAUUACUGCAAACGGGUAUGGUCUACUUGUUGCGUUUACAAAAGUGAGCAUUAAAUGUUAUUACAACUACAAUUUUGAUGUGUGUAAUAUGCAUUGGGCAAAAGCUGAUUAUUUUUUUCCACUCUUGUACUGUGACAAAUUUGAAAUUUUCUUAUCUGAUAUAGCCUUUCUUAGCUUCUUAUCUCGAUGUUCAUAGAGUUGGUUAUCUCCUGUCGCAAAUUACAUUGUCAUUAUGUAGAGGGUGACUUGGUCAUGCAUCCUAUGAUUCUUUGUUGUUACAUGUGUACUCGAACGAAUAUUAUAUUUCAGAAUUGUAGAAUUAUGUAUUUUUAUCAGUA